CGUUUCCAGUCAACCAUUAUAUACAUUCGUCUUUACUUUCUGAGAAAUUCAAGUUCAACAUUCGGUCAGACACAAUCUUUACAAUUCAAACCCAAGAGAUAUAACAUAACGCAUAUUCGAUUAACUCCUCAGGCUUUCCAAUUUUAUCAAUAGAAUCAUCCGACAAGACUUAGGAAUAACUUGAAGUACGAAACAUAUUCAAUCUUUCUGAGCAGAGAGUUCGUUAAGGAUACCUCAGCUGGUCGGGGCUGACAUACCACCACUUUUGGGAACCGCCAUUUUAUCCGUGAUAUUAUCAUCGUUAGAAUUUAUAUCAAGCCAUCAAUAACAACAGUAUGGGUGCUGUGAUCAAACGAAGCAACGUAAUGGCUAGUUUUACUGGUACCAAUAUUACACUACAUGAAAACGUUUCAUUUCCGUUAUUUUCGACGUUUCCAUUGGAGAUUCGACGUCAAAUCUGGAAACAUGCUUUAAUAGGUCCUCAUAUUCAUAUUGUAUCUAGCCACGUUGCAACUCGUAGCAGAAUUACGGAAAUCAUGCAAACAUGCAAGGAGGCAUAUGAUGAGGGCAUUCAGCUACAAUUUUCUCAUUUCACAUUUUGCAAUUACGGUUCGUGGGGGGACGAAAAUUGCCAUGCACAACUUCCAAAGCAUUACAUGGACCCAAACGCCGAUAUCAUGUGGCUCGUUGACAAUUCUGAGUGUAAACUUCCUACCUCUUUAGCACUGUAUGAAGGACGUCCUACAUAUCGUAUGGUAAAGAUCUUUGCUAUAAACCAUCAGCUAUGGCACGACCCACGUCCACAAUUGGACAGCAACGUAAUGAGCUGGACAUUGGGAACAGUAGCUUUUCUACCAUACCAGAUGUGUGAGGAAAUAUACGUCGUUUUAAAUGAUGUAGCCUUUACGCUGGACCAUGGCGUGACUUUCAUCGAGCCAGUAGAUGGUCAUGAUGAGCCCCUCUCCUCUCGAAAGUUUACUUCCCAGGGCUAUGAGAAGCCUAACUCUAUUUUAUUCAAAGAGGCAGAGCGAAGAAAGAAAAAUUUAGAAGAUUUUAGAACACAACUUUCCAAGUUCGAAGAUGACUAUCAAGAAAAUAUCAGUGAACACACCUGGUUCAAGUAUCCGCCUAUCAUACGCUAUGUUAUAGCAAAGCCAGGCGGGACCCCUUCUUUAUUUACGUGUAUCAAGAAUCAAAAGCCAACAGUUGUUGGUCACAAAUCUCUCACUCCACUCAACACAGUUUCCUUGCCCGACCAUCUAAAAGAUUUGGUCUCUAAUAAUGAUGAUGACAGCUGGUUUCCAGUGGAAAAUGAUGCGGACGAUUAUACUAGCGAUAGCGCGGAGGAAGACGUGUAUGAAGAUGAUUUAGAGUACGAUAGUCAUGCUGGUGACGAGGAUGUAGAAGAUGAUGAGGGCGACGAAGGGGACGACAAGGAAGAGGCUGAAGCGGAGAACAAAAAUCCGGGUUUUAGCACGAGUUUGAAUACGGAUUCUGAUGAUAGGACUUUUCGAACUGUACCUUUUAGCUCGGCUGUUGAGGCUCUAGACUAUCAAGAUUACGCCGCAUUUACAAAUAAUGGAGAUGGAAUGGGAAAUGAUCAAAUGCCACUCGCAGAUGAAAAUGAUGCAGAUUUAUGAAGGACUUCAUUUUUCCCAUUUCUACCAAACUUUGGAAGAGUUUGGACAUCAACAGUUUUGGGCAUAUACAGCACUUGAAAGUUGAUCAUCCUUGGACAGUUAAAUAUUAUAGACAGUGCUGAUAUAUUCAUGAAACUUUUAACGUCGACAAGAAUUUAGGCACUGGAGAAAUUUUGAACCUUGAAAUAC